CGCCGCUCGACGGGGCCGGGCCGGCGGCUCCUGCCCCGGGAGGGAGGCCGGGCCAGCAGAGCCGCCUCCUUCCCGCUCCCUGCCCCGGCUCCCGGCUGAGGGCCAGUGCCGUGCCGUGCCAUGGCCGCUCCCUGCUACCUGGGCUGGGAUUUCAGCACGCAGCAGUUGAAAGUCAUUGCUAUUGAUGAACAGCUGAGGGUCAUUUAUGAGGAUAAUGUUCAUUUUGAUAAGGACCUUCCGGAAUUUAAGACUCAAGGUGGAGUCUACAUCCACAGUGACAGACUGACAGUCACUUCACCAGUGCUUAUGUGGGUCAAGGCUCUGGAUGUGAUCUUGGAAAAGAUGAAAUCUUCAGGCUUUGACUUCUCUCAAGUCAGAGCAAUGUCUGGUGCUGGCCAGCAACAUGGGAGUGUGUACUGGAAAAAAGGAAGCAUCCAGAUUUUAAAGAAUGCAUCACCUGAACAGCCUUUGCACCAAUCACUAAAGGGCUGUUUUUCAGUCAGUGACAGCCCCAUCUGGAUGGAUUCCAGCACAGCCUCCCAGUGCAGAGCCCUGGAGAAAGCCCUGGGGGGAGCCCAGCACCUGGCCAGGGUCACUGGCUCCAGGGCCUACGAGCGUUUUACAGGAAACCAGAUAGCAAAGAUUUACAGCCAGAAUCCUGAGGUCUACAAGCAAACUGAGAGAAUCUCUUUGGUCAGUAGCUUUGCAGCUUCUCUUUUCCUAGGAACUUAUGCACCCAUUGAUUACAGUGAUGGUUCUGGUAUGAACUUGCUGCAGAUUUGGGAAAAGGCAUGGUCAAAGCCCUGCCUUGAUGCUUGUGCCCCUGGAUUAGAGGAGAGACUGGGAUGCCCUGUCCCAUCCCACUCAGUCCUGGGGCCUAUUUCUCCAUAUUAUAGUCAACGUUAUGGGUUUAGCCCAGACUGUAAAAUAGUAGCAUUUACAGGAGACAAUCCAGCAUCACUGGCAGGGAUGAGACUUCAAGAAGGAGACAUUGCAAUUAGCCUUGGCACAAGUGACACAUUGUUCCUGUGGAUCCAAGAGCCAACUCCUGCCUUAGAAGGUCAUAUUCUCUGCAAUCCUGUUGAUUCUCAAACAUAUAUGGCCCUUUUAUGUUUUAAGAAUGGCUCUCUGAUGAGAGAGAGGAUCAGGGAUGAGUGUGCUUCAGGCUCCUGGGAUGAAUUCUCCAAAGCCUUAUCAUCAACUGAUGCUGGAAACAGUGGAAACUUGGGUUUCUACUUUGAUGUGAUGGAAAUUACUCCUGAAGCAGUUGGGGUUCACAGAUUCAACAGAGACAACCAAAAGGUUCCAAGGUUUCCAAAGGAAGUAGAAAUACGAGCGCUGAUUGAAGGGCAGUUCAUGGCCAAGAGGAUUCAUGCUGAGAAGCUGGGAUAUAAAGUCUUGCCUAAAACAAGGAUUUUGGCUACUGGUGGCGCAUCCCACAAUAAAAAGAUCUUACAGGUCCUGUCCGACGUGUUCAACGCGCCCGUGUUCACCAUCGACACGGCCAACUCUGCUUGUCUGGGAAGUGCUUACAGAGCAAUCCAUGGACUUGUAGCUGAGAGGAAUGUGCCCUUGGCUGAUGUUGUGAAAUUAGCACCAGAGCCCAGAUUGGCUGUUACACCCACCCCAGGGGCUGAGGAGCUCUAUCGUCCACUUCUGAAAAGAUAUGCUGAGCUUGAACAGAAGGUUAUCUACAACCCAGCCUCUUCUUGUCUUGUGAAAUAGAAGCAAAUAAAAUUUAUAUGUUGUCUGAGCAGACUCCCAAGGAGAAGAUCAGAAGAGAUUUGCUCAGAAUUUACUGGAGCUGUUUAAAUCAUUUCGUUCCUCUAUGUAGACAAAUAAUUUUUAAAUGUCUGUGUUUGAGUGUGUUGGUGGGGAAAAAAAUUACAUUGUGAUUGAAAACCUGAUUAA